AUGGACUUGGCGGGACAGGCCCAUGUGCUGGUGGCUCUUCUUGCCUGCACCUUUCUACUAUGUGGGGCCCAAGAAAAGGACUACACCAUCAAGGAAGAGCAGCCCGAAAAUGUGCGCAUUGGGAACCUCCGCAAAGACCUGGACCUCAACUUGGACCCCAACAUCCGGCUGUCCUCGCCGCUGCAGUUCAAGCCUGUGUAUAAGACGGGCGAUGUGCCUUUGGUGAGAGUGGAGGCCAACACCGGAGAGAUAUUCACCACAAAUCACCGGAUCGACCGGGAGAAACUGUGCUCAGGGGUGUUCGCCGAGAAACGCUGCUACUACGAGAUUGAGGUGGCCGUGCUGCCUGAUGAGAUCUUCCGGCUAGUGAAGAUCCGCUUCCUGAUCGAGGACGUGAACGACAACGCGCCGCUGUUCCAGUCGACCGUUAUUAACAUCUCCAUCCCCGAAAACACAGCCAUCAACUCCAGAUACCCCGUCCCCUCCGCCUUCGAUCCGGACGUGGGGCUCAAUGGCAUCCAGCAUUAUGAACUGGUCAAGAGUGUCAGUGAGUUUGGCCUAGACAUCAUUGAAACACCGGAAGGAGACAAGUGGCCGCAGCUGAUUGUGCAACAGAAUUUGGACCGUGAACUUAAAGACACCUUUGUUAUGAAAAUAAAGGUUGAAGAUGGUGGCAGUCCUCCCAAGUCCAGCACCGCCAUCCUCCAGGUCACCAUCUCUGACGUCAACGACAAUCGCCCCAUCUUCAAGGACAGUGAACUGGAGGUCAUGGUCCCCGAGAACGCCCCUACGGGAACAUCCGUGGUCCAGCUCCACGCCUCAGAUGCAGACAUGGGAACCAACGCACAAAUCCACUUCGCCUUCAGCAACCAGAUCUCUGCCUCUACUCGUAGACACUUUGCUAUCGACAGUUCAACUGGACUUAUCACUGUAAAGCAGCCGCUCGACAGGGAGGUUACCCCUGUCCACAAACUCAUAGUUCUGGCUAGUGAUGGCAGCGCGACCCCCUCUCGUGCCACUGUCAUUGUCAAUGUUACAGAUGUAAAUGACAACGUCCCGUCUAUAGACACUCGCUACAUCAUCAACCUUGUUAAUGGAACUGUCCUGCUGUCUGAGAACGCUCCGCUGAACACCAAAAUAGCUCUAAUUACUGUUACAGAUAAAGACGCUGAUCUGUAUGGGAAAGUGGCUUGCUACACUGACCAUGAUGUUCCCUUUCGGUUGAAGCCUGUCUUCAAUGAUCAGUUCUUACUAGAAACAGCUGCCCCCCUCGAUUAUGAGACGACAAGAGAAUUUGCAAUUAAGAUAGUAGCUUCGGAUAGGGGUACGCCUCCUUUGAAUACCUCGGCUAUGCUGUUAAUUAAAAUCAAGGAUGAGAAUGACAAUGCACCCAUCUUCCCCCAGCCAGAGAUACAACUUUCCAUCCCUGAGAACAACGACCCUUCUACACAGUUAAUAAAAAUCAGUGCAACGGAUGCUGACAGUGGACAUAAUGCUGAGAUUAUUUACACUCUCGGCCCUGACGCUCCUGAUGGUUUUAACAUUGACAGACGAUCAGGAAUCCUCUCGGUUGGCAAGCGCUUGGACAGAGAGAAGCAGGAAAGAUACUCAUUCACUGUCAUAGCCAGAGACAAUGGGUCCACUUCCCUGCAGAGCAAUAUCACCGUCAGGCUAAUCGUCCAAGACCUUAAUGACAACAACCCGGCUUUCACUCACCCAGAGUACAACUUCUAUGUGCCUGAAAACCUGCCUCUCUAUGGAACUGUGGGGUUAAUCACAGUGACGGAUUCAGACGCAGGGGAUAAUUCCAUCGUAACCUUGUCCAUUUUGAACAGUAAAGAUAAUUUCAUCAUCGACCCGCAAACUGGUGUUAUUAAACCUAAUAUUACCUUUGACAGGGAGCAGCAGAGCUCUUAUACAUUUACGGUUAAGGCAGUGGAUGGGGGGCAACCUCCCAGCUCUUCCUACGCCAAGGUCACCAUUAACGUAGUGGAUGUAAAUGACAAUCGCCCCGUCUUUGUCAUGCCAUCCUCCAAUUACUCGUAUGACCUGGUGCGAGCCUCCACCACCCCGGGCGCCGUGGUCACCAGGGUGUUUGCUAUUGACAAUGACACAGGGAUGAACGCAGAGCUGCAGUACAGUAUCAUCAGCAGUAUCAUUAUCACGUCCAGGGUCUCUCCGCGAGGCCUUUUUGCUAUCGAUAAAACAACGGGUAACAUAACACUGCAGGAGAAAAUAGUGCCGGCCGAUCAGGGAUUGCAUAGACUGGUAGUCAAGGUCAAGGAUCUAGGCCAACCCGAGUCAUUACACGCAAUUGCACUUGUUCACCUGUUCGUCAAUGACUCUGUGUCAAACGCAACAUUUAUACAAGAGCAGCUGCGGAAAAGCAUGGAGACACCUCUAGACCGUAACAUAGGAGACAACGAAGAAAUGCCUCAAGCGAACGGAUAUGUUAUUGUGGUCAUAGCGAUCAUAGCCGGGACCAUGACUGUCAUCUUAGUGAUAUUUGUGACCGCUCUUGUGCGCUGCCGGCAGACUCCUCGACACAAGGUAGUGCAGAAGGGCAAGCAGAGUGGCGAGUGGGUGUCUCCUAACCAAGAAAACCGGCAGAUAAAGAAGAAGAAGAAGAGGAAGAAGCGUUCCCCAAAAAGCCUACUCCUGAAUUUUGUCACCAUUGACGAAUCUAAACCUGACGACCCCACACAUGAGCAUGUCAAUGGCACACUGGAUCUCCCUGUGGAGCUGGAGGAGCAGACGAUGGGGAAGUACAACUGGGCCACCACUCCUACCACCUUUAAACCGGACAGCCCAGACUUAGCCAAGCAUUACAAAUCGGCAUCCCCUCAGCCAACCUUUCAAAUCAAACCUGAGACUCCCGUAGCCCCAAAGAAACACCAUGUGAUCCAGGAGCUCCCACUGGACAACACUUUUGUGGUGGGCUGUGACACUCUCUCCAAGUGCUCGUCGACCAGCUCUGACCCGUACAGCGUGUCUGAAUGUGGCUGUCAGGGGGGAUUCAAGACCGCGGGGCAGAUCUCCACCCGACAGGAGACGGCACUGAAACCAUCACACUAUGGCACACUCUGUGGCACUGGUACAGCCCGCUCCCACAGGAUUAAAAUCAAUCUCUAG